CCCCCCCCCCCACCGUCUUGUUGCUUGCCUCCCCUCCCGAUGCAACAUGGAGCUCCAGGUGUCCUACGGGCUGCUGGGAUCAGAGGGGGAUUGCGAGAUGUCGAGUCUGCUGUUGCCCAGUCCCCAGAGCGAGGCGGUUACCCAUGAGAUGGAGGAGCUGUCGCUGCAGCCUCUGCCUCCACUCAAUGAACGCAAAAAUGGCCAGGACUCUCACACUCAGACAAUGGCCUAUACGGAGGUAGAGACCCCCACUGACCGCUGCACUAGGUUCAGAGCAGUCCUGCAGUUGAGGCUUCAGCAAAGGCGAACCCGGGAGCAGCUGGUGGACCAGGGCAUCAUGCCACCUCUGAAGAGCCCGGCAGCUUUCCACGGGCAGAUUCGCAGCUUGGAGAGAGCCAGGACUGAAAAUUUCCUCAAGCACAAGAUCCGCAGUCGUCCAGAGAGAGCAGAGCUGGUCAGGAUGCACAUCCUGCAAGAGACCGGAGCAGAACCCUCAUUACAGGCCACCCAGAUGAGACUGAAGAGGGCGCGGCUGGCCGACAAUCUGAACGAGAAGAUCGCCCAGAGACCCGGCCCUCUGGAGCUGGUGGAGAAAAACAUCCUGCCUGUGGACUCCAGUGUGAAACAGGCAAUCACCGGUGAGACGCAGAGAAACAGUGAUGUGGGUACGGUGAAUUAUCCGAAAGUGUUGGAUGAAGACAGCUGCGAUGCCCUGUCCCCAGAGCAUCUAGCCAGCCAGGAGUCUCAGACUCGUGUCCCCUCUCCCGUGGAGAUCAAAGUGCCAGAGACGCCUUCUGUAGUCCCAGCACCACCGGUACCCAGCACCCCGCUGCAGACCUUCCCAGUCGCUACUCAAGCAACAACAGACUUUGUGAAAGUGAUCUCUGCGAUUGAACAGCCUGCCAGCCGCCCAGCUGUCCCUCCGGCACAGCCAGUCAUCCCAGCUGCUAUUUUAAAGCCAGGCCCAACACUGGUGAAACAAAGUCAGCAGAAGCAUCCGUCAGAGAAGAGCCGCAGUAAGAAGGGCAAGGAGCCCAAGUCCAGAGUGAAAAAGCUCAAGUACCACCAGUAUGUUCCCCCCGACCAGAAGCUGGAGGCCAGCGAAGCACCCAUGGACUCCUCUUAUGCCCGACUGCUGCAGCAACAACAGCUGUUCCUCCAGCUGCAGAUCCUUAGCCAGCAACAGCAGCAUUACAACUACCAGACUAUAUUACCGGCACCGCUCAAGCCUGUAGCCGAGGGUCAGAGCGGCAGCGCCGGGAGCCUUCCAACCUCCAUUAUGGUGUCUUUGCCCACUGCACCUCCACCUCCCCCCGUAACUUCAGCUCUGGCUCGUCCAAACAACUCUCUCUCAAACCGCAAGCCGGGAGUCUUGCCUGCCAAUCUGGAGGAGAUGAAGGUGGCUGAACUAAAACUGGAGCUGAAGCUGCGUGGCCUCCCCGUGUCGGGAACAAAGACUGACCUGAUGGAAAGACUGAAGCCUUUCCAGGACAACCACUGCACCUCGGCUCCUGCCACUAUUCCCGUCCCUGCCGUCUCCUCCAUGCCCAUGGAGGUCACCACUAGCAGCCCCGCCAUAGUCCUUCCAGUCCAGCAGGUGGCUCCAGAGAACAUGAACCCGACUCCGCCGGUCUCACCCGUUCCCACUGAUCGCUCGACCCUCCAGCAGGAUCUCGGCAUGUCUGAGGCUCUUUCUGAAACACAGAUGGUGAGCUCUGGCUGGCCAGGUCCACAAUCCUCGUCUCUGUCGUCUUUUCAAGUCCCGGAAGAAAAAGACAGGCGGCUGCAUGAAAAGGAGCAGCAGAUAGUGGAGUUGAUGAAGAAGCUGGAGCAGGAGCAGAGGUUGGUUGAGGCGCUGAAGAUGCAGCUGGAGGUGGAGAAGAGAGGCCAGGGUGGCUGCACCGCUGACUCUGUAUCUGCCAUGAACCCUGUUUCUACUGUCCGCAGCUCAAAUGUGGUAAAAAUGGAGGGCACAGUCCUGUCAAACUGUUCAUCCGCUGCCGGUGCAAUCCCCAACUCUAUCCUGGGCAUCCAGACUCUCUCCCCCCGGCCAACAGUAGUCAAGUUGGAGGAUGUGACUGUUUCUUCUGGCAAGCCUCUCCAGCUCCAGACCCAAACCCAGAUCAUCACCCAGAUCCAGCCCCAAGCCCAGCCCCAAAUAAUCGGCAGCCCUCGCCUCCUCUCCCAGUCACAGAGAAGUCCCAAACUCCAGACCCAGCCUGCAGCCCCGAGCCUGCAGCAGUUCUUCAUCAGCCACCCAGGCGGGGUGUCCCAGGUGCUGGGUCAGCCCCAGACCUUGUUAACCACCACAGGCCUCCUCCCAGUCUCGCUACCCAACAGCGCUACAGCAAUCCAGCUGCCAAACACCAAUGUCAGCCUGCAGGCCACAGUCUCAAAUCCAGGCCUGGUCCAGGCCUCAGCUCCUCAGCGGCAAACCACUAAGAGGGAGACGGCAUCCAACCAGCAGUUAUCCAACCACAACCCGCUGCUACAGACUCUGACUAUGUGCAGUAACACUACUGGUUUGGAGAGCCAGACUAGGCCUGAGAUGAAUCCACAGUGUUUCCUGAGAAGUAGCCCAGAGAACCGGGUCUCUCCACGAGCUUCACCCAACCGUCACACCUCCAACGGACCCCUCAAUAAGUCUUCUUCUCCCCAGCCUACCUUCAUCCUUCAGCCCACCUCUCUUGUUCCUCAGCCUCCCAAGAUACGAGAGCCUCCCCGCUAUGAGGAGGCCAUCAAACAGAGCCGCAACCUGCACGUCAACAAUCUUUCACAGGUCCCCACAGCAACCAGCCAGCAAAUGGAUGACUUGUUCGACAUCCUCAUACAGAGUGGAGAAAUCACUCCAUUUAUCCAGCAGGACCCUCACGUGUCUCACAAUAAGACCCUCCCAGUCACGGCAAACAUCUCAACCCUGCCGGUCAACACGGCUCUCUCCAGGCCGCCUGCACAGAUCCAGCUGGCUCCGCCGCCCACCCUGAGCCCCCUCAUCGGCCACGGCCUGCCCAGCCUCUCCUCGCUGGCCACAGACAAUCAGCUGGAGGCCUUUCUGGAGCGCACCCUGGCUGACACGUCACCGGCGUCAGACGCGCGCACACGGGGCCUGAUGGAGGAGCUGCAGGCCCAGCUGAUGGAGCAGCAACCCUACUCGCCCAUGGACACGUCAGACUUGUCCUUCUGCGAUUCUUCCUCGCCGUCCUCGCUCAACAUGGGCCUGUCCGACCCAGGCCUGGACAAUAUGGAGUGGCUGGACCUCACCAUGCCGCUAGGUCCUGCUGGGUCACUCACACCUCUGGGAAUGCCAGCAGACUUCCUGGAUGCACAAGACCUGCAGCUGCACUGGGACUGACGGAGGGGUGGAUGACAAAAGGAGGAAGAGAGCAGCUGAGCCAGGAGUGAGAGAUGGAUGGAUGGAUGAAGAGAAGAGGAAAGGGAUCGACGAGGUUGAGUUUCCACAUUUUUAAAAGGGAGAAAACGUGGCAUUUUGUGCCGUACCACUCUCACUAGUACAUCCAAACCAUCUGUAAUAUUCCCACUAUACUACAGUGAAUAUGCUGUACAGGCACUGAUUCAAGUUGAACUACACGCAGGAGUUUGCACAGUUAUAAAAGAGGGCCUCAAAUGGCUGAACAGCCAGAAUAACAUCAUCACUAAGACGAGAUCCCCCAACAUAUGAAGGGAUUUUAAAAAGACUUUUACAGGGUCAGAGGUCAUGAUCACUUAAAGAGACAAGAGACAGAGCCAAAUGAAUUCUGGUAGCACGGACUGUGUGUAAAUACUCUAAACAACACUAAAAGAACUUCUCGGGAGAGAGCCUGAACAGCAUUGAUGUCAGUGUGACCGCUGCAUCUGUUUGACUGUGUAAGCGCAGUAGCUACAUGUCAAAGGGUAGACGUGGUGUCAUGUGUGUUCCACUGGAGCAUAUUGAGCCAUUGUAGGUUAUACAAGCUGGUCAUUUACAACACAAUCAAUAUGUUGCUCUAAAUGACAGCUCACAGAUGUAAUCAAGUAAUAACAAAUGGAAUUUAUAUUCUCAAUAAGAAUUUAAAUGAGGCUUGGUCUGGGACGUCCCGGUGUCGGUGCAGCCUCAGCUGCUGACCUCUCCCCCUGGGGAAGCUCAGACUAAACUAAGUCUGAGGUGCUGGACGGUCAAGUCCGUUUGUUCCUUUUAUGAUCGGAUGUUUUAAAGGGAUUCCUAACUGAGAGGAGGUCACGCCUCCGUUCACACUGGUCCAGUCUACCACAUACUGUACAGCACGCGUACGCUGACUAAUCUGACGUGUUGUAUCAGAUGUUUCCCUUCUGACCUUUCACGACCCCCUGCGGUCAAGCUGACGAACCAAUGACUCUAAAGAACAAAAGACUCGACUUCAGUCGGAUGGCGAGAGGAGGAAGCUCCUCCGUCUAUGUGAGAGCUAUGCACGUGAGGGGCGGAGAGAUCCGGCGAUGCGCCUCAUUCACCUCGGAAACAAGGGAAUGCAAACUUUGCAUACCUGCGGUGAUGCACAGCUAGGAUCGUGGGGGCCAAUUGCUCCAGAGAUGCAGGUGUUGUCGUCCAAGUAUCUUACUUUGAAUGUAAUUUAGACAAAAUGGGGACUUCGCUCACCAAGUCGGCAGCUUUUUCUCUUCUGAUAGUAAACUGACAUAAAGCGGUGGAAAGGGAACAAAUGUCGGUUUAUAAGACAUGCAGACGCAUAUCCAGAAGAGUUGUGAAUUGCAAGUUGUAUCAAGGAGGGAAGAUGUCGCUGGAGGAGAUGAGCUUUAUAUCGAGGUGUGUGUGUGUGUGUGUGUGUGUGUGUGUGUGUGUGUGUGUGUGUGGAAAAUGAUUGCGGAAAAUGAUUGCAUCACUAGCCCACAAAUGUGCUGGUUAACAAUUCCCUUUAGCCGAUCGAUUAAUCUGCUUUAACAGCCCACUGAUUGAGUGACCAACCAUCAUUUGGAUGAACCAGAAUACUCUUAAGUCGGGCUGGACCAAAUAGUUUCAUUCAUAACAUUCAGAUUCUAGAUCAACAUUUUAAUGCUGCACGUUUUUUUUUUUUUAGUUAUGUUUUAUUUCUGCACCGCUGCAGACAAAGAUGAGGCUGCGCUGAUAUUAAUAGUAUCACUGUGUGUAGAAUUAGAUUCCACUGGUGGCUACAAAGGGUUGUUUCCGACCCGUGUGAUCCAAACGUGAAAGAUUUAUUGAAAAAAGAUGGAUGUAAUCGUUUCCAAAAUUCACAUGUUUUUAGCCAACAAGAUAUUUUGCUGAAAUCCAUAUUUGUUGGCGUUAAGCCUUUAAAAAAUGUUUUCAUUGUGGUCUAAAACGGUUUACUCAACCGCACGCACCUGUGUUAAUGGAGCCGUCUAGCAGUAAUCUGACAGCACCUUAAACUCAGACAUUUAUAUAAUAACAAUGUUUAUUUAACAAUAUGACGACAGAUAUUUAAAGAUUCAUUCCAAAACCUCAACAGAAGCUUAAAAUAAAUAAAAAUAGCUUCAGCACCGCCCCAUUCUAAAGUAAUAUUUGGCUGAGAAAAUAGUCUCUCGUGAUGCAUACUGACCAAGGGGAUAUGUAAGAGAAGCGUGUGUGUGUGUUUGUGUGUCUGUGUGUCGAUUUGUCUUCCCGUCUUCUGCAUGUACACCUGUGACUCUGUGUGCAUGAUUGUAUUCAUGUUAAAUCACGGGCUGUCUCGAGCUCGUUGCCCACGAGUUGUCUGAAAACGAUGUACUAAUAUCUAUGAAAUCAAAUCAUUCGGUUGACAUGUUUAAAACCACUCUUCAGAAGGCUCCUGAUGACUGUUUCCUGUUUUGUUUUUUUUUGUUUUUUUUUUAAUUAUCUGUGUUGUUCAGUUGGUGUCCUACAGUCAAAAACGCACCGGCACCUUUGAGGUGUGAUGCACAGUGAAGAGGGCUGAGCUACUUUUAAAGUUGUCAUGAAUUCUAAAUCAUCAUUUUAAACAGAUUGCAUCAUAUCCCACUAGUUAGUUUUCAAACCUGAAUAUUGAGUUACUGAUUUAGUGUCUCAGUUAAGGAUAUCAUUUUGGGUUUGAUGCGGUCUCACUGUAUGGCACUUUGAAACACAAUAGCUUUUUUACUUGUCUUUUUUUCACGUCCAGUGACUUAAACCUGUUGUUACGUCCAUGGGCUCUAGAGGGCGCUGCCUCUCUUCUGUUGGCUUUUUUUUUUUUUUUUUUAGCACAAACAUUUAAAUGAGGCCGUUUCACGGCCUCAACAAAUUGUAAGAGAUGACCUCAUUCUCGUGCUCAUUCCUGGUUGGUGCACCUUUGGUUGAGUUGAGUCAGGGUGCUGGGACCCUGAGUACCGCCGAGGGUAAGAAUCACGAGUGGAUUCAUGUUUCCUACAAGAUGACGAGUUGAACCGUUUGUUUUCUUCAGUCAGCUUUAAGGCUGACACAUUUAAUAUUGUGUUGCCAAAAAAGGGCAGUGGAACAUAUCACAUUUUAUUUUCUCACGUUUUUUUUGUAUUUUUCACUUCUUCUGCGUGGUGAAAAUGAAAAGACAAAACAUUUAAUCUUGCUUUCAUGCCAAUGUAAAAGAGGAUUCCAUGUGUAUAUUCCAGGUUUGCAGAGUCGUUUCAUUACUUCCUUUUCAUAUCAGACAUGCACAAACGUCUUGGCUGCGUUAAAUCUACACAUGUAUGUGAUCUACAGCUUAAAGCAAUACUGGCUGCUCUCCUUUUGAUAUACCAUCACGUCUACAUGGUUACCCACACGUUGCGAAAACUCUGGCUGCCCGUCGGGCGCUAACCGUAACCAUUCACGGUCAACACCUAACCUCAACCAUCUUGAGGGAGUUUCACAACUUGUGGGUUACCUUCUAGAAGAGACCCGUGAUAUACUGUACUGUAUGUCACAUCCUGCCUCGAUUUUUCAUAAAACUUUUACAGUUUAUAAGUUCAAAAGCAUGUUUGAAUAGCCCUCUAAAGUUGGAGGUUUGUGGAGGCAUGGUCAAUCUGAAGAACCCUUAAGGUUCCUGUCAGCUUCUCCACGUUCAUAGUUGGAGUCAACAGGUGUCGGCUCAGGUUCCCCCGUAUUGACUCCAGCUCUCCUGCGUGUCCCACUUCACCUGCAGAGUUCAUCAUCAUGUAAACAUUUGUUGGUUGAGAAGCUGAACUUAAGAGCAGACCAGACGUUUCAUUACAGUCGAUGUAUUUUGGGGACAUUUACAUCCGUCAUUGUAGCCGAGUCUCCACCGCCCAUGCUAUGCCUCUUGUUUGUAUGCCAUAUGUUUUGCACAUUGUGUACAUAUUUAUAUAGAUGUAAUGCAUAUUUUUCUACAUGUGUAACAUCCAUGGGGUCUCUAAUGUAAAUACUCAAAAAGAUGUAUAUAAGUACUGUAUGCCUUUCUGUGUCAAUAAAAUUGGUGUACUGUGAA